ACUUCACUUCAGUAUUCAUAGGAUCGUCAUUCUGUUUUGUGGGCGGUGCGUUAAAUUGUUUUUUGUUUACCUUUAUUUUGCAGACUUUAACUUUAAUGUAAUCUCGUAUUUAGCUAUAUUAAAUAAUACUAAAUAACGUGUGUUGUGUAUUGCUGUGAUAUCUAUUGAUUAAAUAAGAUCUGUGACUGUGACUCGGUUAAAAUACAAAAAAGUUGAAUGAAUGGUCGAAUUGUUUAACUGUUGUGAUUAUUUUCGUUUUGUUUUAAUUUGUGUACCUCGUAAUAUUACUUAAAGGUUUUUGGCUGUACAAAAUCUGCAUAAAGCGACAAUGAUCCCGAUUGGCUGACGAUGGCUCCGCGAUGACGCGAUCUCGUCUCUGAUUGGAGGGCGGUAGCGUCACGCGACCGGCGGCAUCUGUCAUUGGUGCAAAAUGUCAGGGCUGCCAAAUAGAAGCGAUGACGCGAUCAACGGAGUCGAUGUUCGGGAGCAAGGAAGCGCUUUGAGGGUGGCCACAAACACUCCUCACCUGGUCAGCCUCGGCACCGGCCGCCUCAGCACCGCCGUCACUCUGCACCCCAUCAAACAAGGUCGCGUCACCAUCGGCUCGGACCCAACAUGCGACAUCUACGUGGUGGGCACCGGAGUAGCGAACGUCCACUGUCGGGUGGAGAACUCGCACGGCGUGGUCACGCUCUACCCCAUCAGCGGCACGACUCUGCUCGAUGGGCUGCCUGCUGACAAACCCACGAGACUGUCCCAAGGCAGCAUGCUGACAAUCGGGCGCUCGAACUACCUUCGCUUCAACCACCCGGAAGAGGCGAAGCUGAUGAAGUCGGUGCUGCCGUCCGGACACGUGUCCAUGGCGCCCAUACAGUUCCAGCCCAACGAACACUGCGUGCCCACUGGCUACAUGAACCACAACGCAGACCCGAUCAACCAAUGUUACCAGAGCACCAACAUGCAAAAAAUAUACAAAGACAACUCGCUGACACAACUCGACCACGAACUGGACAUGACUUUAAAGGAAAUGUCUAGAAAAAAACCUCCCGUAGCGCCCAGAAAACCGUACAAAGACCUAGACACUUCAGACUCAAAUUCAGACCAGGAGACUAGACCUAAAUUGGGCAGUAUCAUGGCUAAAGUGUCCAAAUUCGAGUAUUACGCUAAACAGCAGAAAAAUGUGGGUAGGAGUCAAUUCUACACUUCAAACGAAGUGGAAAUAUCUCCCAAAGUGUUCAGUGCUAAUUCAUUAACAGUUAAUACACCGGCUAAGGAUGUGCUAGGCAAUCGUAAUUUACCUAAUUACAUUAGCAAGAGGCAAGAUCAAAAAAUGAUUGUCCUAAACGAAAAUAAUCUAGAUCCAAAGAAUUGUUCCUACGCCAAUGUAGCAAUAAGACACAAUAAUAAGACAAAAAUAGAUGACAUAGUACGAAACUUUGACGAUACGACGCGAAAUGAUACAAAGUUGCCCAAAAAAGUUAAUAAUGACCAACAAUGCAGACCGGAUAAUAUAUACGGAAAAAUUAACGUUGAUAGGAAAGACAAGAACGAUUGCAAGGAAAGCAAGAAUAAUCUCGAUUGCAAGAAUGAUAGCAAGAAUUUGAACGUUGAUAUUGGGGAAUACGGUCGUAUUUGCGGUGUGGGUAAAGUCACUUGUUUGUCUUCACCAUCAUAUGAAAGGAAUCCUCAAUAUUCUCCAGUGUAUGGAAAUUGUUAUGACAGGGGUCAUGAUGCUGAAUCCAUGAGGAUAAAGGCAUACCAGGAUAGAAUAAAAGAGGAGGAGCAAAAGGAGGCAGAAACAGCGAGAUUGGAAGAAAUCCUGAAUAUGUGUGCUGAAUACGAACGACAGAUUGCUUCAGGUAUACCCAUCACGCCAACAGAGAAGAGGCCCCACAACAAGAUAAUCACCAACGGCUCCCUGCCCCGUAGCGUCACGCUCAACAACCCAAAUUUCAUACAAACCAGCGAGGGUUAUUACAAGUUUGAAACUAGUCAUAGCAGAAGCUCACCUAUGAGCCAAUCGUUACCCAUACAAAGAAAUCUAUCCAGCUACGAAAACUUUGAAUCACCGCAAUCUCCUAAAUCAGAAUCUUUAACUCCUGAAGUAUCAAUAACUGAUAAUAAUUAUGAAAACGUGGGUAGGAUGGAUGAAAUAGGUAUACCAGUAUUUGACGAAGUUAGCCGAAAUGUCGAUUUAUCUAGUCCUCUAAUGAUAAGAAAACUACAAAAUCAGUCUUCCCCCAUAGGUAGUCCGUAUGAAAAUGUUUAUUUCAAAAAUAAUGUAGGCUUCAAACCAAAGUCGCCGAACACACAAAGCCCUAGGACAAGAAUAAAGACAACUUUCGCACACAAAAAUCUGCCGUCUCCACAGUAUUUCAUAUUCCCGACUCCUCCAUGUGAUAAUAAUAGAAAAGAUCCCUUCAGUAAUGAUUUUAAGAAGGAUAUGGUUACCGAUGCUAGUUUAAAUGUACCCAUUAAUAAUACUAAAGAACCUAACUGUGGCGGUAUCGAAAAACAGUUGAGUCUGGAAGAAGAAAUACCGAUGAUCGAUGAUGCGGAUUUAACGAAUGAUAUCGAAUUUAGAUAUUCAAAAGUAAUCGAUAAAAAUGACGAAUCGAUGCAGGACACUAGCGAAAAUGCCAAAAGUGAAAACGACAUCGAUUAUAAACAAACGAAUAAUAUCGAUAGACUUGAUUCAAGGGACGUUAUCGACAAUAACGAACCAGAAAUGUCUUUGACUAAAAACAAAAGUUUUGAUGACGUCAAAAAGGAGUUAAUGGCGGACAUACCGGAGUUAGAGGAAUUUGAGAAAGAGUUAAAACAGAAUAAGAGAGAAAAAAUAUUGAGAAAUAUCACUGAAGAUAUAAAAAAGAUGGACUUAGAAGAAUUGUCCCUAAGCAGUACAAUUUUAGAUGAAACUGUAGACGAAUUGAAGUCGAAAUAUGAAACUUUGAAAGAAGAGAGACGGAAAUUGGUCACACAAAUACAUGAAAUCAAAUGUAAAAUGACAGAGAUUAGGUCGCAAGAGGAUGAUAUAUUAAGAGAGUUGGAAAUGGAAAAAGCUUUGAUCAAAGGUGAAUAUGACUCAGAGAUAGCCAUACUCAAUAUAGAACAGAAGAAGAAAGCCGAACUGGUGGACAGAGCAAAGAAGAUAGAAGAAGAAAUUAGACAGUUGAAAGAGAAACAAGAGUCACGUCAAAAUGAGAUGAAGGAUCGAGUAGAGAUCGCUACGUUGAAAGUUGAGAGAAUCGAAAAAGACCUGAAAGGACACAAAGCAACAUUAGAAGAACUACAAAAUGCUCAAGAUAUCUUGGACAAUGAAACAAAAAUCUUUGAAGACCUAGAAUUUCAACAUCUGGAAGAAGAAUCUGAAUUAUUAGCAAACAGGGAGGAUUUACAAAAUGAAAUAAUGCUGUUAUCCAAAAAGAUCGAGGCCCAAAAAACAAGAAUACUCACAUUAAAAUCUGAAGCUAACAACAAUUUGACAUCUGCAUUAGAAGAAACAAAAGUUUUACACGCCGAAUACGUUAAAUUACUGAACCAAGUAGAACAUUUGACUGGCAAAGUACAAAUAAUUGAAAAAGAGUUAAAACCUGUUGUUGCCAAAUUAAAUGAUAUAGAAAGAACACAAUCUCCAGAUAGUGCGUUUUAUACUGACCAAACUAGAGCAAAAUCUGGUGAGUUUGGUUAUUCGCCGCAAAGCUCAGACAGUGACGAUAUUGACGUCACAAAGAUAUCAAAUUUCGAAGAUCACACAAAAUUGUUAAAAGACAAAUUCAAUACUAUAGAUCAAAUGUCUCAGUCCAUGAUAGUUGAUAUCGAAAGGAGAGUCACAACAGAUUUAGACGAUCCAAUCGAAGUGGAUAGUAGUCCAUCCAAAUCGUCAAGUUCUUCUAAAGAGAAAAAAGGCUUCUGGGAAAGGAAUUUCGAUUCACUCAAACGGAGAAGUAAAGAUAAGAAAAAGACGGAAAAGAUAGACAUCAUGUCGCAGAGUUUGAAUGAAAAUAUCUUCUAUAACGAUAACAUAGAAGUAGACGUAUCGCUUGACAAAUUUAACAGUUUGCGCAACUCCAAAAAGAAAGAUAAAAAGGAAAACGGUCCAGUCAAAAGCAAUUCAUCAUCGAAAAUACCAACUUUUGCUGCAUUAGGAAAAAUUAUUAAAAAGGAUUCACUGAAAAGAAAAGAAAUGAAUGCGCAAAAGGAAAAGGAGAAAGAAACAAUCAAACCUAUUCAAAAUGAAGAAGCGAUUGAACAGAACAACGUUAAAAUACGUUACGUUAAAAACUUCAAACCGAUUAUAGUCGAAAACAAAUACGUCAAAUCGAAAUCUCUAUCACCCGAUAAAAUAUCGAAUGAGCCUAUAAAGGAAGAAGAGGAUCAAGAAACUGGUAAUAUCGAUAGCGUUUUCAAGAAAUCGGAUAAAAAUGCCAAGAUUUUGCACAGGAAAAGUUGCGGAGAUGAACCAAAUGUGAGGACCGAUUUUCACAAGAUGACCGAUUCAGGGAAGAUUCCAUCGCAAGACGAUAUAGACAGAAUAUCGAAGGUAACGAUGGACGCGCCGAUUCUGUCGAGCGAUACAGAUGUUAAUUCUUUGGGGAAACGUACUUUAGACAGCUUGAUGGAGAUUGAAAGGAAGCGGAUGGAAAUGUUAGAGGAGAAAGGUUGCCAAAUGAUAGAAAAUCAGAGAGAAAAAAUAUCCGAACUGAAGCGGAGAGUUCAAGACGAAACCAAGAAACUGUGGGACCAGCGCAACAAGGAGAAGAAAGCCGACAGCCAGCUGUCAAACAACCUGUCAAACGUGUCGCACAAUCUGUCAAAUGUCUCCAGCGAGUUUGACAGUGAAGACAGAUUCGGGAGCGGGCUCGAAGACGUCAGUUUCGAAGAUCCCUUCAACUUGACCAAUUCUACAAUUUAUGAGGAGAGUUCCGGGCUUGUGUCAUCAUCAAUAGAAGAGCUGCAAGUGCGCAACUCCCGCACGGAGUCGACGGAAGACGACAAGAGAAGCGAUGACAGCCGCCCGCUCAGCCACGCCUCCGACUUCAGCAGGGAGAACAUCUUGUCGGUGUCGGGUGGGCCGCGCAGGAGUCGGCGCGGCGUCAGCGAGUGGCAGCGGCCGCUCACGCGCUACCUGCCCGUCGACCGCGACGACUUCGACCUGCGGCGACACGUCGAGUCCGCAGGUCACCAGAUCGAGCUGUGCCCCUACGUGACCCUCAGCUCGGCGUCCUGCCGCGGCUACCUGCACAAGCUGGGCGCCAAGUUCCACACCUGGUCCAAGAGGUGGUUCGUUUUCGACCGCGAAUCGAAAACGUUCGUCUACUACUGGGAUAAAAGCGAGAAGAAGCCGCGCGGCGGAGCUUACUUCCAGGUAAUAGAGGAAGUUUACUUAGAUCACGGCAAUACGUCCAAGUCACCGAAUCCACAGACAACGUUCAUAGUCAAAACUAGACAGAGGCGAUACUAUCUCAUGGCCCCGUCGGGAGAAGCUGCCAGGAUAUGGAUAGACGUAAUAUUCACCGGGGCACAGGGAUACACGGAAUAUUUAGAGUGAAUAUUUAUAAUAUUCGGAUUCUAGAAAUAAUAUUCGGAAAAAUUAAAUAAGAUUAUGAAUGUUAACAUUGUAUAGUGUUAUUACAUUCAUGUAUCGCCUCAAAGAAAUUUUCAAGAAUAUUUAUAGUUGCUAUGAAAGUUCAAUAUUAUUAAUACCUAUACCUAGGUAUCUACAAUUAUUCUGGAAAUUAUAUCGGAUUAUAAAUAUUAACAUUCCUCACAAAACUUCAAAGUAAUUGUUUGAACAACAAUAUUCAAUUUUAUGACAUCGAUUACAUCAAUAGUUAUCGAAAUUAAUAGUGUUAAUUUGGUUUAUAAUAGUAACUUAUUAAAAAAAAAAUAGAUUCACUUGGAAAUGGAGCUCAUAUUUUCCAAAUCAGAGACAUAAAUAAUGAAUUUUAUUCCUGGUUCAGUUAUAGUAAGGAUAAGUAGUAUAAUGAAAUACAGUUGUGUCGUAUUCUGGUUGUACAUUUAAGCGCAUUAUGAAACAAAUAUUCAGAAUUGGAUUAUAUAAACCGUUUCGUGAUUUUGUGACUCUUUCUUAUUCUGAGAUGAAAGAUUAUGAUUUUUAACAUAAUAUUAUUCUCACGUUAUGAAAGUGAUAUUCCAUUCUGAACUGAAAAUUCUAAAUGUGAAUAUUGUGAUAUACAUAAUUGCAUAUAUGUAUAAUUUUCAUAAUAUUUACUAUAUUGACUUAUAGUAAACGGUUUUGAGGGACUUAAAAUAUAUAUAUUCAAACUGCUUGCUAUAAAAUAUAGGUACAAAUAUCGAACGAAGUAUAAAUUAAGUUUAUUUAUAUUAAUAAUAUUGGAUUAUCGCAUUCUUUACGAUAUUUAAUUAGCCGAGUAUCGAUAUUCGAUAUUUUUGUAUUUUACUGAUGCUGAAAUCAUGUACGCGAUUUUAUUAUAAAUGCUAUAUUAUUGAUGUUUUAUUAGGAAGAAUAUUUUAUAUCGUAUUUAUAUAUCGAUGUUUUUCCACUUAUAUCUUCUUUAAAUCAUACAGGUAUAAAUAUCCCUAUUUUGAAUAUAGUAUGAUAUCGAUUUGUAUACGUAUAAAACUAUAAUAUAAUAUUCCUAUUAAAGUGCUUAUGCUUGAAAUAACCAAACAGUAUUUAUAUUAUGAGAAUAAAAUGUAUAGACAAUAAAAAUAUAAAUUAUCUGUGCCAAUUAUUAUCUACUAUGUAAUAAAAAACAUGGCGGCUAUUUUUAUAAAUCUAUCGGUUAGUAUUGGUGCCUUGUAGAAGACUGAUUAAUUUCAGAUGAAUUACCAUUAUUAUAGUAAAUAAAUAAAAAAAAAAUGUAUGGUUCAUAAAGUCAAUUUAAAAAAUCAUAUUUAUAAAUAAAAAGAAACUAUUAAUAUUACUUGAUAGUAGUAUCGCGUUAAACUGCACGCUUAUUAAAUUAGUAAUGAAAUGUUACCAUAAUAAAAAAAAAACAAAUUGGGCAAAUUUUACAUUGUCUGUAAAAUCGAAUACAUUUACUAGCAACAUUUUAAUUUUUUUAUUACUUUUAAAUUUUAGUACAUGAAUUUUGUGUAAUUUUAUUUUCUUGCAAGGUUACAGUUAGUCAGUUACUUAAAAAUGUAAUUAAAAUAUAGUACAUUUUUUAGUUAGGAAAAUCAUCUCACUAGUUAGUGACAGGCCUACUUUAGUUAUCUAAACUCGCUUUUAUUUUUUAUAUAGAUUAUUACUAUUUCGUAUUGCAUUUACGCAUUUGCAUACAUUGUAACAUAUUUUAUAAGUACAAAAUCGUAAUUGUUUUUAUUACGUUAAUAUUAUACAUACCAGUGUAAAGAAAGUUUUAUGUUUAAGGCUUGCAACAUUAUUUUAACUUUGUAAGUAACGGCUGAUACCAAUAUGUUAAUGUAAGGUCACAGUAUAUUAACGAAUCUUAAUUGCAUCCUUAAAAUAAAUUACUUAUUCAUUUUA